AGAGUUACAAGACAGUAUAGAGUGCUCAAGUGGAGAAUGUAUGGAGGGGUGGCCUAUCAAGACGGACCCAUCCAGCCAGGGUCUUUAGCUUUAAGAUGCCCAACAUGUCCAUUCAUUGGAGUUAAUACUCCAGAGAAAUGGACUUCUGAGAGCCAAAGGAAAAACUUCCCUAUAGGAAUUGUUACAGAUGCCUCUUUUUCAGCCCAGCACACUAGAAUGAAAGACUCUGGGAAUAAUGUGCCUUUGGCAGAGGGUCAUCUUAUUACAGUUGCUGAUCAACCUUACAAGAAACAUCUGGUUGAUGCUUCCAAAAAUACUAUAGAGGUUACAUGCAACGACCAUAAGGCUGCUCAAAACAAUCAUGGUUCAAAAUCUAAGAGCCAUCUGGAUGUUACAGGCAUAGGUGCUGCUGCAUGUUCAAGACAUGGCAUAUUUCUCCCUCACACAUGUGUGGAUCUUCAAUUAGGAGAAGCCCAAAGGAACAUGGACUACUGUCUAUUUUGGGCUUUUCAGGCCUUCCCUGGAGUUGCUCUCUUCAUUCUCAUCUAUGACAUUGUCUGUCAAUAUCACAUCAAUAUGCGCAAAAGGUUCAAUCAGUACUCCGAAAUAUACCUCCCUGAAACUGCAAGGUUUCUGUGGUCUAUUGGACAGUUCCAUGUACAUGGGCAUAUAAACAAGUGCUUCUCCAGGUUUUCUCUCAACUUUGUCAAACAUGCUGGUGCUCAAGAUGGUGAAACCAUGGAAACCUUAUGGCCAGAUGCUGUCAAUGCUAUUAAGGAUAGCACAAGAGGAAUGACAGACUCCCAUCGACAUGAGGUUCUAGAUGAUAACAUGACAGAUUGGAACUGGAAGAAGUUACUCAAAAUGCCUGACACCCUUAUUGGGAAAUGGAAAAGGGCUAUCAUAGAGUCCAAGGCAGCAAAUGAGGCCUUUGAAAGGUUCAACAAAGGAGCUACAGAAGCUGAAAGGAAGGACUGGCAGAAAGAGGCUGAAGAAGCUCAUAGACAGAGGGAAUUAAAUGAGAGCUCUGAAAGCAUGGAUAUCUUUAAUGCUGAGGAAGCACUUCUUCCAACUCUGAAGGAGACUGCUCACCACAUGAUUCUAGCUGAAGGGAAGGCCUCAGCAAGGGGUGAUGUUCAAGCUGUUUCCUCCCCUGAUGCCUCAUGGCUUUCAGAAGGAAUACUCAUUGAACAUAGAAGGAAACUUGGUCCCAAUCCUUCUGACAAGGCAAAGCUUAAUCUCGCUCAGAAAAGACAAAGACUUCAAUCAGAUCUUAAAGACUUCAAUCUCAAAGGCUUUUCUCGUUACAACCUGGAAGGGUAUCAAAUUCUUGAAAGCCUACCAGGGGUGUCAAGUCUUGGAGAAGCUUGGGAUGAUGAUGAGGAAGAAAUAGCACAGGAUGAGCUUUUAGGACAACAGGAAAUCCCAAACCACAGCAACCUCACAACAAUCUCAGAAGAGCCAUGGAAUCCAGAGAAACAGCCUGCUGCUAUGCCCUCUACCUUAGGUUUUCCGUACAUGAAGAAAAUCCAACGGGUAGAUUUGGUUCAAAAGGAAAUCAAGCUCAGAGUAGCCGAGAUGAAUGACUGCAUCACAGCUAUUAGAGAGGGAAUAGUGGCAAGAACCUAUCUCUAUCAAGGAAGGGUCAAAAAUCCAUCAUCCUACAGAACUAGGCUGAGAUCUCAAAAAGAUGUUCAAGUGGCAAGUGAAGCGCUUAUGAGACAUGUUCGGUUCUACACUGGAGCUAGACAAUCUUUAUUCAACCUAUAUGACAAAGAGGAUGAAGAAGAUACAAAGGCCCAUAGUGCAAGAAUGGAUUUAUAUCCUGAACUGACAAGUCAAGACCUGAAGGCCAACCCCGUAUUGAUGGAACCAUCUACUUCAGGGCUAAGAAAUGAACAUGGUUCUUGGAUCUGGAGUUUUUCUGGUGGGAUAGAGGAAAGAGCUAGUUUUGUUCAAUCAAUCAAAAAGUCUAUGUGGCUUAGAGCCUAUGAACGAAAAUGCAGAUGGGAAGAGGAGCUCUUGUGGGUGCCUUUCGAGAUGGCAUGCACUGUCAGAUCCCAUAAGAAUAAGGCUGAGGAGUGGAAGUCUAGGGCACAGCUUACCAGACUGGAUGAUGAGGGACUUCAUGGACAUCAAGUAUAUGCUUAUGGUCAGGCAGCUACUUGGGAGAAGCUUGCCGAUAAUGCACAUAGAGACUUUGUUCAGAAAUGCCCUCAUUAUCAGCUUUAG